UUCCUCUUUCUACACUUUUUUCUGCUCUGCAAUGGCGGAUUCUGGAGCUUAUUACAACUUCCUGAAACCACUUUCGGAAACCACAAAAGCUAACGGAAAACCACCAAUGGUUUCACGGAUGUUUGCUUGUCACUACUGCUCACGUAUGUUCCACACUUCACAAGCACUCGGUGGUCACCAGAACGCUCACAAGCGAGAAAGAGCAGCAGCUCGCCGGAGCUACGUUGCAGAGCGGUUGGGUUCUUUUCGAACUGGGCCAUCUUCAAACCCUUCGUCUCAGUAUCUCGAUCAGUACUGGGUUGAACCACGUGGGCUCCACUUUGCUUCAGCUUCUCCCUCACUUAAUCUCGGUCAGGGCCAGGCGAGCUCCACCGUCGAACAAUCCUUCCCGGUCGGAAUGAAUGAAGAUGAUGAACAAGUGAACCUCGACCUCACUCUCCGUUUAUAUGCCUGCAUCAGUGUAAGGACAGUGAAAAUACGCAUUGGGAAGAUCUAUUGGAAUGAGACUUUUCGACUGUGUUUGCUAUCAUCUAUGGUGACUCUGCAACUCAUAGUUUUUAUUAUCUCCUUCUUCGUCUCGUGCUGCCUUUUGUUGACGAGCGCGUCUGUAAUGAGCGAAGAUUCUGUGUCGGCAUUUUCCACUCAAGUUGGAUCGCCACUGCCGACCCAAGAAGUCCAAGAAUCGACCACUCCAACUGCUCCGUUGCAGCCGAUCUUGACGAAACUCGGCUUCAAUCAGCUGGCCGCGGCGAUUCCGUCCCUCUCUGACUCCGCAUUUCCUAUCUGGAACGGUCCUCCUUCAACUAUUUUCGCACCUACCGAUGCUUCGAUCCAAAGCUGUGUUUCUUGCUCUAUUGCGCAGCUUCUCCGAGAACACAUGGUUCCAGGGAUAUUCUCAUUCGAUUACCUCCGCAAGCUCGCCUUCGGGACGAAAAUCGAGACCAUGAGCCCUGGGCGCUGCAUUACAGUCACCUCGGCGGACAACAACACCAAGAUCUACAUCGGAGGUGCUGAGAUCACACAUCCAGAUCUCUACAACAAUGGCGUAAUCGUAGUUCACGGCCUCCAAGGCUUCAUCGCUCCUCUUUCGUUGUUCUCUUGUAGAGUCGAGAAGAUGACUUCGCUCUCCUUCUCUUCUCCAUCCCCCGCCGAACAAUCGCAGAAUCCUCUAAUGCAAUUGAUGAUGAGGGACGCCAUGCUUCGACUCCGUAAUAACGGAUUCAGCGUUCUCUCUCUUGCUCUGUGGAUAAAGUAUGCAGAGCUAGUCAACCUCAACAAUAUGACAAUCUUCGCUCUCGAAGACGAAUCGAUCUUCGCCGGAGGACACGCUUACAUUAACAGCGUGAGGUUCCAUAUUGUGCCGAACCGUCUGAUACUAGCCGCCGAUCUGGGGAAGCUGCCAGAGGGGACGGUUCUGCCGUCGUUGGAAAGUGGACAGACGCUGGUGGUGACUACCGCAGGUACGGGAGGAGCAUCGUCGGUGAGGAUCAACUACGUUCGUGUGAGGAAUGCUGAUGUGAUGCACAAUCUCAAGAUUGUAGUCCAUAGUGUAGUCUGGCCGUUCCCUCACAUUCAUCCAUCUGCGUUCGCUCGUGGAGGCUCUUCCUUGGACAAGAGCUUCGAUGGAGCCUUGCAGACGGACGAUGGCGGCAAGGUUGAUGAGGAAACUUGUACAGCUACGCAGGGAGGAAAUUGUGCUUCGGGACCCGCGUCGGCAGUCCAGGCAACGAUGGUGAGUGAAGAUGACCAUGGCCUGUGAAAUGCGAGUUUCAUCUUUCGUUCUCGACUCCUGAAAAUUCCAAGUUGAAAGAU